AUGCUCUAUAUUGACCAGGACCCAUUGCUUAAAUACAACCCGUACCUGGAGUCGGCAACGACGCCAUUUCAAAAACACUGGCAUGAAAUCGUAGCCAGCGCUUUGUUCUACCAUGCAAUCACCAUGGCCGCUCCGCUGGUAAACACCGCGAUCUUCGGGGAGCACUACACCAGCAUCACCAAUAAAAAACGCAAACUGAACUUUGACAUCCACAUCACUGCGUUCGUGCAGUCAAUCGUGUCAAUUGCCCUGUGCAUCCCGAUGUUCUUCCAUCCAUACUUUAGAUCCGACCCGGUGUUUGGAUCCUACGACUUUGCCGGACUGACCGCCGCGCUCACCUGCGGCUAUUUUAUCUGGGACCUGCUGUACUGCUGCUUGUUCCACUUCGACAUGUUUGGCCUGCCGUACCUGUUCCACGCAGGUGCAGCGCUUACCGUGUUCGGUACGACCUUCAAAGGGUUCUGUCAGCCGACAAUUCCUUCGUUCCUGAUCUUCGAGGCUAGCACGCCCUUUGUCAACGUGUACUGGUUUGCAUCGAGACUGCCAAAGGGGGCGGUCAACGAGAAACUGUUUAUUGUGAACGGCAUCCUGCUAAUCGUCUCGUUCUUCUCGUGCCGGAUCGUUUGGGGCAUCUACGCUGCCUUCCGGACUUUUGACAUCUGCUUCAAAGUGCGUGACCAGCUACCGUCCGGCAUCCUGCCCGUCACUAUAGUGCUGAACGUCGGCCUCAAUAUGCUCAACAUCCACUGGUUCUCCAAGAUGGUGCUUCUAGCAUACAAGCAAUUUGCAGGCUCGGGGCGGAAACAGGAGUAG